UUGUGCACAAAAUAUCAAUAUAUUUGACAAGUAACAAAAACUGUGACAUAUAAUUAACACAUUUCCGGUUUUCACUAAGAAUACUACUACUAUUUACACUAAAGUGAUCCGAGGGUGCUCUCAUCCUAUUUAUGGACAGAGAGAUAUCCAUUUCCAACUGUUCACAAGACAUAAGAGGAUUAUGCCAAUCAGAAAAGAUGCAUUAAGGUUUAUUUGUGACAAUGGCUAAGACAAAAUCGAAGAUUCCCAUCAAGCGACCUCUUUCCGAGGAUGAACGUUCUCUACGGCCCGACAACCUGAGUGUCGACAGACAGAUAUACAGCAGUAGGUCAUUUAGGAGUAGGCAAAACGACGACGAUCGACGUAAUGAAUCUUUAGAAAUAGUUAGUGUUAAAAGUGGUUACAGUGCAAACGAUGAGAACGUUGAUUUAACUGGUCAAAGCCAAAAAGGAUUAAAAGUUCGUCGACAGACUGUUACUAUAAAGGACGCUCGUGGUAAUUUGUUGAAACGACGACAGAGCUAUAAGUUGUCGUACGACCCAAAUAGACCAGGUGGGAAUGAGUAUGAAAUUGAAGCGGCAAGUGUAGGUCAAACAGCUAAUAAUAAUCAAAACACUGUUAAUGACAUCUUAACGGAUGUGUCUAACAAAGUUCAGAUUCAAGUAGAAAAUGAGACUGACACAGUCGUUAUAAAAAGAGAAAAUGAUGACCGAGAGUUUAGAAGAACUACUACAAACACAACCAUAUCGUCUAUCUUAUUUACACCCAAAAGGACGAACCCAGCUAGAGCUUUGGCAAAUGAUGUUCAAAGGAGAGCUAACAAUAGUAAUACAGCUACAUACAGUGGAAGUGCUACAAAUGCCACGGCGGACGAUGUAAAUGAUAACAGAGUGCUCGGCGAAACAUACCCAUUGACCAAAUCAACUAUAGACAGAUCUUUACUUCCUACUCCAAAGUCUACCACAAACGUUUCAAUUAGAUCUCAGAGAUCGCCAAAAGAAAGCCGCCAUUCUAAAAGGAGUCCAAUACUACGGACACGUGUUCAAAGUAAGUUAGAUGGUUCUGAUUCCGAUAAUGACAAGAAAUUGGCAUUAUCAACUAAAAUAUCAAAAGAGGAUACGAACAACAGUCUACCACCGCCAAAUUUUAAAGCCAGUUUGUUUAACAGAGUUAGGAAACUGUCUACUCCGAGAAAGUCCCCUAAAUUUAAACCUGUUACCUUACAUGACGUCCAACGAAGCGACACGUUAUCGUCUGAAAACUUGAAAGACAAACAAACAAGUGAAAACGAUCAUCGUAGAUUAUCAAAAGCAACUUCGGUUACAGUUAAAACAGAAAACACUUUUGUAAAAGAACCCGCAACAACACAUUUAACACGAUUUGAAAGAUUGAAAUCGAGCCAGAGUGUCAGGAGCCAUUACGACAAGACAGAAAGAGUGGAUGCUGGAACGAUGAAUGGAGAUGGUUUGGGAGCUAGCAAAAUUGGAGAGAGCCGGUACGAACACGUUGAAGACAAUAAUAACAUUCUAAGUCUAAAACCUAAGAGGCAUAAAAGAACAUUGAAUGGGAUUGGAAAUGCUUCGACUCCUAAAAAUGGCAGUAUCAUUGGUGCUAACACUGACAGUCGUAUUCCUAAGGCUAAAGAUAGAAGUGUUGCAAAGGUUCUAGAUGUACAAAAAGGUCUUACACAUUCCUCAUCGUUUAUGAAGGUUGACGACAAAAUCGACAUUUAUUCUGAAAGUGACAAGAAAGUCAUGCUGAAACACGCUCAAUACAUCAGUGAUGAUCUCAAAAUUAUGAAAUCAAAACUGAAGGACAAUGAUUUCAUUGUUCAGCAUUUGAAUGCCAAGACUAAACGACAAUUACAAAAGAAUGCUGUACUCAGGAGUUUUAAGAUAAAUAAAAACAAGCAUAAUAUUUCAUCAAACCAAACAGUUCAUAGCGCAUAUAGUACGCCAAAGCAGCGUAAAUUCACAAAUAAACUGGAAAACAAACGUCUGAGUCAAAUCAGCGUUGAACGUAAACUUUCUCCAAAGCCGUUACGGAAAACACGAUAUGAAAACGUUAACGUCUGGAAAGUUCAGCCCAAAAUACACCACUAUGAUCCACAUAAAAAUAAACAUUCCAAAAAGGAAGCCUUUACAAGAAGUAAAAUAUCAAACAACAUAUUUGAAUCUCGCACUAACAACGUGGCAUCAUGGGUAUUAGAUUCUGUAAAGGAAUCAAGACUGUCAUCUACAAUGGAUGCUAAACUAACAAUAAACAAACCAGCACCAGUACGAGCGAAGAAACAAAAGCGGAAAAGACUUUUACAUGAAAAAGAACGCGUAAUUGAUAUAGAUCUUGAAUCAAAGAGUUCCAAGGGGACGAACCCGAAUCUGAUCAGCGCGGGGAUGUACCUGCCGAUCACAAAGAGGAAGUUAAAGAGAAAACCAAUGAGGCUGAAAAACAACAGACGGCUGUACACACAAGUAGGAAAGGUUAAAGGAUAUGAGAGCGAGAUCCCUAUCUUGUACAGCGAUGAAGAAGGUGAAUAUCCAGAGCCCCGGCCGCUCACGGACACGGAUCGCUCUCGCUAUCCCAACUAUCGCCGAUAUGAGGACGAUGGGGAACACAUGCGCGUUAACUACCGUGACCCGGCGCACAAGAAGGUUGGAAGGACUUGCGGCGCGCUAGUGAAGUUCUUCCGCAACGGUGACUCUGAUUUUAAAGGCUUACCUCUGACUGUGAAUAGAAAUUUCCGAAAUUUGGAAACGUUGUUAGUGUAUCUGAAUGACAAAGUUCCCACAUCUACUGGUGUACAUUAUAUAUUUAAAUGGCCUGAAGGAACGGAGAUUAAAAGUGUGACCGAAUUUCAAAACAGAUGCGUAUAUAUCGUGUCAAGUACACACAAAUUAGUCACCAAUGUAAAUUAUGGCCAAUCACGGGAGGAUUAUUGGUCAAAUAAAAAACCGUCUGCGGGGAGAUUAAGAAAAAAUGAACUUGAACUGUACAAAAAGCCCCCUUCGCCAAGGGAAUCCCCUGUGAGGAAUUCCCCGCUCAUUGUUACUAUAAUUAACAACCUGUCACGUGACAAGCGCGAGAAGGUGAUCCUCAACCCUCAGACUCAGCAAACGUUUGAGAAGUGGCUGGAGGACAUCAGUAACCCCGACAUGCCGGUCUAUGCCCUCUUCUCGGAGAAACCGCCGCACGUCGAGAUUAAUAGCUUCUCGGCGCUGUUCCGGGAGCUGCGCACGCACAGCAACUUCCUUGCGGUGGGGGAAGAGGGUCUUCCGGCGGAAGUGGCCAAGAAGCGCCAGGCACCAUCAAGCAACUCCAGUACUGACUCCAUACACGAGGCUCGCAACCGGAAGAAAAAACUGGCAAAACAGCAAGAAAUGGGCCAGAUAUACGAGAAUGGACGGGCGCAGUCCCCGACCUCCACGGCAAUGUCUCGGUAUGACUACGGGCCCCGCUACCUGCCGGGAACCCGGGGUAGAUCGAAAGACGCACGCCGCAACAUCCGCGACUCAGUCGAGAUAGAGAUCGACGGGAACGUUAGAGAGUUUAUUCCCCCUUCGUUCGUGGACCCGGAGGAUGAUGGGCGUAAACCAGACAAGAACCUAAAGUGUGAAUGGGUUUACGGUUUCCGAGGUCGGGACGCACGCCACAAUCUACUCGUUCUCCCUGAAACAGGCGAGCUGGUGUAUUUCGUGGCCUCCGUGGUGGUCCUGUACAACAAGGAGAGAGAUACACAGCGACAUUACAUUAAACACAACGAAGAGAUCACGUGCAUGACGAUUCAUCCAAACCAGUACCUGAUAGCUACGGGACAGAUGCACGGUAAAGGCCCGGAACAUGCGUCCCAUAUCCGUAUCUGGCACGGUGUGAACCUCAGCACAUACUCUGUGAUUGGAGUUGGAGUCUUCUACGGUGAGAUCCUCUCCAUAGGAUUCUCCAAUGACGGCACGGGGAACUUUAUGUGCGUCAUCGACGGAAGUGAGAAGCAUGUGCUAAGCGUCUGGGAGUGGCAGACGGAAAAGCUUGUUGCGAGGACAACGACGUCGACCGAUCCAGUCCACUGUGCAUGUUUCUAUCCAGACGGCAAGAACAACAGCAUCCUGAUAACGUAUGGUGCGCGCCACAUCUAUUUUUGGAAGAUAUUCUAUGACGUAGCUCGUAGGAAAGAAGCUAAGAUUUUGCGCGAUAGGAACAGCGGCAUUUUCGAGGAUAGAAACUUUGCUGACCAUUUGAUUGACGAGAUCCCCAAGUCCAUCAACUGUCUGGUGUUCCUCGCUUCCGGUGACGUAGUGACGGGCGACUCCAGCGGCAAUUUGCUCGUUUGGGACCGAGACACCUCCGACGCCUUCACGUGCAGAUACGCCAUCCAGGCACACCAGGGUUCAGUCGCGUCCGUGUGCCUGCUGGAGGACGGCACGCUGUUUUCUGCUUCCGGUAGCGAGGUGAAGGCCUGGGACACAAACUCAAAUUUCCGUGCCGUCAAGACCAGACAGAUACCACAAGAAGCUGGGGGGAUCCGCUCCCUUGUCACGCAGACGCCCGGUGGCAUUGACGGUAAACUGUACAUAGGCACCACCCGUAGUGCCAUACUGGAUGGAUCCCUGCAGCUAAAGUUCAGAUACAUUGUGCAGGGUCACAGUGACGGUAUCUUGGGUGUGGUGCCCCAUCCAUUCGAGCCCACGUUCAUCUCCGCGGGCAUGGACCAGAUCGUCUACAAGUGGUCCCUCGUUACCCACAAGGUCACCUGGCGAUCCAAGGUCGAGGCCCCUUGUACGUCAGCAGCGGUAGAUCAGCGGCACGAGCUGAUAGCAGUCGGGAUGUCAGACGGGACUUUUACCGUACUCAACUCCUACAACGGCAUGCAUAUAACGACGGUCAAUGUGGGAGCCGAACCGAUCGGCUGUCUGGCAUUUUCUCCUGAUGGGUGUAACCUGGCGCUGGGAACCAAUGACGGCCUCGUGAUCGUAUUUACCGUCCAUGACCGCGGACAGGCGUUCAGGAAGGUCACCCCGCCGCUCACGGGUCAUACAAGCGGGGUAGCCCACGUGGAUUGGUCGACGGACGGACGAUGUAUCCAGUCCUCCUCCUACACGCAUGAGCUUCUAUUCUGGGACAUUGACGGCAUGCAACAGAUCCGGAUGCACCGACUCAUGCGGGAUGUGGACUGGUUCACCAGCACGUGUCACGUGCAGUAUGGUCUUAUUGGUCCGUGGUCUAACUUGGAGAAGGGCGAAACAGUGAAGGUCGUUAACCGCUCCAACUUCAGGGAUACAGUAAUCACUGGGGACUCCAAGGGAAGGAUCAGACUCUACAAGUACCCAUGCUCCAAGGAAAAGGCGGACUUCCGCGGCGUGCGCGUGUACAGCUCUGACGUCACAGCCGCGUGCUUCACCCCUGACACCCGAACUGUGAUCACGUGCGGUGGUCAUGACGCCGCUAUGGUACAGUGGACUCUAGUCGAUGAAUAAGGACUCCAAUCACGUACACAGUGCUCUCCCCUUACAUGCAGAAAAUAUCUCUGCCAUCAUUAGCGAGUAAAGCUGGAUUUCAAACUAUAUAAACUUUGUAUAAACUCUUUGUUUCGAUAAGUUUAACCAACUUCAAUUAUUCAAGGUUCAUUGAGGUUUAAAUACAGAAGAAGAAUAAACAAUUAAAGAUAAUUUACAAAGUAUCCUGUUGUCACGUGAUUUGCAAUGGUGGCAGUGAAUACUGUCCUGUAAGGGAAGGAACAAUGCCUGGAGUUUGUUAGGAUGUUGAUUUUUCUUUCGUCGAUUUUAUAAUCAAUUGUAUCGUAAGACAUGUAUUUGUACAUCAUAAGUGACCAUUACUCAACACACACCGAAAACUAGAGCAUCGUUUGCUGUUAAGAGGGGUAUGUUGUUCGAGAUACCUAAUUGGACCAGGCAUAAAUCAACUACAUCGCCUUGUAUUCAGUUUGCAUUUGUUAAAUUAGCUUGGGUAUCCGAAGGGUAUUUUAAGAUUUACUGAGGAGGGCGUUCAAAAUCUUAGAGCGUAUUUUUGUUGCUGGUGUUGGCCGAGUUUGUUUUAUUUUGGCUAAGUACAAACUGCAUAUCCCUCACGCGUUCUUUUAUAUUACAAGAAACCAUUGACACUUAAAGUUACAACUAUCUCAUCGUAUUUACUUACGAACUUUAAUUUUAAAUUCUGCCCAAGAGUUUUGUAUGUUAACGGAAAAGCUCCUGCGCGAAGAAUGUCAAAGGAUAUAUGAAAUUUUAAAGGAAAUCCUAAUUAUUUAUGUACAUCAUAUUGAACACAACUAAAUAUUCUACUGACCUAAGGUUCCAACCAUACCAACGAGUAAAUUGUCCACAUUUUCUCUCACCUCGAAUAUGGACAAUUAAUGAGCUGUGUGAAGAUUAUUCAACGUCCUAAUAGAUAAAAUAUUGUUUUAUUACUCAUAUAAGUUUUAAUUCACCCUUAUGUCUGGAAGGAAAACGUACUAAUCUGUAAAUUUAAAUUAUUUCAAUGUGUAACUAUGCUGUGUGCGUGAAGUAUAUCGAAGGUUGGGUUCCUAUUUAUUUAUUGUUUUAUUACUAUGCUUGAAUAUUUAUUGUAAUGGUGUUAGCAGUAUCUAUGUUAUUUAUAUUAUCAUUAGUUUGUAUCAUAUCGUUUAAAGGUUUUUUGAUGCACAUCAUGAGAUUACAAUUUGUUGAUUUGUUGUUAAGACGAAGAAAUUGUAUUUUGAUUGACACCUCGUUUCGUUUUAGAUAUAACGAGUAGCGAUUGCUAUGACGCUUAUUUUUCAUUGAUGACGUCAUGCAUAAAAUCGCGGCACCCCUUAAGAUUUGGUAUCACUCGUUCAAAGAAAGUAAAUUUCAUAAAUAAUUCAUUUUUUUAAUUAUUCUAUACAUGACUUUUCAUUUUUUUCUGAAGUAUUUAAUCCUACCGCGUAUGUGACAUUUUUACCGUUGUGUGCUUUCUUUAAAAGGAGUCCGCGGUAAAUCUUCGUUUUUUUCAAAUCAUACAAUUCGACUCCUGUAGUUUUUUUACUCUUUUCAUUGCAAACUGUCAUUCUUGUUUGGUGUAUGUUUUCAAAUAGAACAGUAUACUCUUACUUGUUGUGAAUUUGAAAAUAAUAUUUAUAUAUAUUUAUUUAUAUGAAUGUGUCUUUACAUCGAGUCAAAUAUUCUUUUUAUCGACUGUUGACUGUGAUAAUUUCUAAGUGUUAUCAUAUUGUAACUGUUAAUAAUAUCAUUCUUUUAUCCUAAUAAAAUACUCCUUUUGUA